AUGAACAAAGAAGAAAUUGUGAGUGUUUUCUGGAUAUAUCUUCUUUCACUGGGGCAAGAAAAUCAGAAUGAACAAAGAAGAAAUUGUGAGCUACUUGUUGGUUUUCAUUUUUCAGUUUUGUUGACAUGUAUUGAUAUAUGGCUAUGUUUUUCAAACAAUUUCAGUAACAACAUUCUCUACCCCAAGGAAGACAAGAAGCAGAGGAUCCUCCUCUACGCAUGUCGAAACUGUGAUCACCAGGAGGUUGCAGAUAAUAAUCGUGUUUAUAGAAAUGAAGUACAGCACUCCGUUACAGAAUUCACACAAAUAUUGCAGGAUGUAGCCUCAGAUCCAACUCUACCUCGAACUAAAUCGGUUCGCUGCAGUGCAUGUGGCCAUGGCGAAGCUGUCUUUUUACAGGCAACUUCUAGAGAGGAAGGAUUCACACUGUUCUAUGUCUGCUGCAAUCCAAAUUGUGGAAAUCGGUGGAGAGAUUAAGAUCACAUCUGCACAUGAAUUCAGAGCUAUUUGCAAACGAAUUUGAAGCUCUUAAUGCUGGCUCUGUAUAUAGUUUGUAUAGUUUUGACCACUGAAAGAAAUCUUAUGUUUUAGUUAGUCAUAUGCAGCAUAAGAAAACUGAUAUCUCCAUAGGUGUUAACCUUUUUUUUUCCCCUUUUCAUGAAUGUAACUAUUAGCCAGUUCAUUUUGAAGUGAAGCCAUGAAUCCAAAGCAACUAACUCAAGCUAACACCUGAUAGUCCAACCGAAUAUUUAAAAUUUUGUUAAAUCGUUUUAUUUCUGAUUUAAGGAUUUGUGAUUUCAGCAGUAUAUGAUACUCAUUUUUGGAGUGUAAAUGUGAGAUAUUUACUGCAUGGUUUGACCCUUUUCUGCUGCA